AUGGCCGAUAAAGGUAUAGACUGGGUUUUUAUACCAAAACGAGCACCGAAUUACGGAGGUUUCUAUGAACGCCUUAUCGGCAUGACGAAAAACUGUCUCAAGAAAGUUAUCGGACAUGCACUGGUUACUAAGGAUGAACUAUCUACAAUUACUUGCGAAAUUGAAGCCAUAUUGAACGAUCGUCCAUUAACGCAUACAUCAACCAAUAUAGCUGACGCGCAACCAUUGACACCAGCCCAUCUGUUGCAUGGACGAUUGUUGACGCCUCUUCCACAACCUAUUGUAGACAUCGAUCAAAUAUCAGAUCUUGAUUUUGUUCCCGUUUCGCGAACUGAACUCACUAAACGGACUGAAUAUUUAGCUCGUCUCUAUCAACGAUUCUGGCAAAGAUGGCAUAAAGAAUACGUGUUGUCACUUCGUGAACGUCAUCGACAAAACAUGAACAAGAAUACAGAAAAUCACAUUAAGAUUGGUGACAUUGUUUUAGUACACAACGACAACAAAAAACGCCUGCUUUGGAAUCUUGCUGUUGUGGAAAAGCUCAACUUUGAUAACGACGGAUUA